CAGGGCCUUAAGGAAGGAUAGUUCUGAUCUAAAAUCGGUGAAUUUGAGACUCCAAAUAUCUCGAAGCACCUCAAAGGUCGAAGACCAUCAAACGACAAAAACUCUAGCUCCCAUCAGCAAUCCUUCUGCUCGUUCCUGCACUCACAUUUUCUUUGUAGAAAACCCACAUAGCAUAUGGGAGGCUUGGCUGGUCUAGAACACACAUUUGAUCUAUCGAAACAUCUAUCCCUCUGUCCCCUCGUCUCACAAUCUUCAAAUCUUAUCAGUUUUCUUGGUAAAAAACAACUCCAUUUUCGCCCAUCCUCCGACCAAUUCAUCCCCACGCCAGCACCAUCAGAACCAACUCCCUUCUUCCCUGCUCUUCUCCAAGACUGCACCAGUUUGAGUGCUCUCAAGCAAACCCAUGCUCGGUUGGUCAUUCAUGGCUUCCAACAGAACAUGUUUCUUGUUACGAAGCUCAUACUUUUGUAUUCUUCCUUUGGUGAUAUGGUUUCUUCCCAAGCUGUCUUUGAUAGGAUCCGGAGCCCAUCUAGCUUCUUAUGGAAUGUUACUAUCAGGGGUUACGCCACCCACGACCAGUUUGAGCGAGCCAUUUUGCUGUACAUGGACAUGAGGCACUGUAUCUUUCCGGACAAAUUUACUUUUCCUUUUGUGCUCAAAUCAUGUGCUGCGUUGUCAGAUUUAGAAAGGGGCAAGUUGGUUCACCAGCAUGUAGUAGUUCAUGGCUCCUGGACUGAUGUGUUUGUAGGGGCUGCCCUGGUCGAUAUGUAUGCUAAAUGUGGAUCCGUAGACGAUGCACGUCAAGUGUUUGAUAAAAUGUUGAUAAGAGACCUGGUGUCGUGGACGAGCAUGAUCUCUGGCUAUGUUCAUAAUGGUUAUAACUGUGAAACGUUGGACUUCUUUGCAGUGAUGCAACGAGAAGAUGUGAGGCCAAACAGAGUAAGCUUGUUGAGUGUGCUGUUGGCUUGUGGUCAUCUGGGAGCUAUGAGGAUGGGCGAACGGUUUCAUAGCCACAUAAUAAGAACUGGAUUUUCUGCUGAUAUUUCAGUUGUAACGGCUUUGGUUGACAUGUAUGCCAACUGCGGGAGCCUUGAAAUUGCUCGGAAUUUGUUUGACCAAACUGAUGGAAAGGAUGUUAUAUGCUGGUGUACAAUGAUAGCUAGUUAUGGAAUGCAUGGGCAUGGAAAAGAUGCCAUUGAUAUCUUUAACAGGAUGAUUAGCGAAGGUACAAGACCGAACCAUGUGGUAUUUACGUGUAUUCUAUCUGCUUGUAGCCAUUCUGGCCUGUUGGAACAAGGCGAACGAUAUUUUAAAUCCAUGGUGGAUGAGUACAGGAUUGAACCAAGAUUAAACCACUAUGCCUGCAUGGUGGAUCUUCUUGGUCGUUCUGGUCGAUUGAAUGAUGCAGAGAAGCUUGUAGAAACAAUGCCUGUGCCUCCUGAUGCUGGUGUUUUUGGAGCUUUACUUGGCGCCUGCAGAAUCCAUGGUAAUUUAGAAUUAGCAGAAAGAACUGCUGCAAAGCUUUUCCAGACAGAACCCAAGCAUUCUGGUUACUAUGUUCUGCUUUCAAACGUAUAUGCCUCCAAGUCAAGAUGGACGGACGUGGAGAGGGUGAGAAAUGUAAUGGUUGAAAGAGGACUUACGAAAACUCAAGGAUGCACCUUUGUGGAGUUCAACAACCAGGUUUACCGAUUCGGAGUUGGUGACACAUCACAUCCGCAAUGGCGUCAAAUGCAUUCUCUUCUUGAGGAACUGAUGGCACAAGCCAGAGCACUGGGCUAUGUACCUCUAACAGACUUUGUGCUUCAUGACAUUGAAGAUGAGAUGAAGGAAACUAUGCUCUCUUAUCACAGUGAAAGACUAGCUAUUGCAUUUGCACUUCUGAACACGUCCGAUGGCACUCCUAUUCGGAUUACCAAAAAUCUCAGAAUCUGUGGUGAUUGCCAUAAUGCUACAAAGUUCAUUUCAAAGAUUGUUGAACGUGUAAUCAUUGUCAGAGACAUGAAUCGCUUCCACCAUUUCAAGAAUAAGCAGUGCUCUUGUGGGGAUUACUGGUAGUGCUGUACGAGAACAGGACAAAAUAAUCUGGCAGGAACUGAGCAGUAUGUGUUCACUUUCUCAUGGUGGAGUCAAACAGCCUCACGAACCAAGUUCAUCGGUGUAAAACAUCGAGCUUCCAUUGCUGAUAACAUAAUAUACAUAAGCUUCAAUCCGCCGGAAGGAACGCAUGCUCAUGGUGAACUUGAUAUUCCACAGAUUGAGCAACAUUCGUGAGUUGUGCCUAUCAGAUACGCCAAGCCCCCUCACGCAUAGGAGCUCUGUACUCCUAAUAACAGUUUCACAACGAUGCAACAGCACUGGUAUGUGCCAGAACGUAAGAAAGCCCCUUGAGAAAAACAUGGUCAACGUGCAUGCUUAAACGUACACUUCUGUAUAGACUCCCAAGAAUUGGUAAAUUGUGGCGUUUCUGCUGCUAUCAUGAAGGUAGUCAUGGUUUAAUUCUCAAGCAUGAUCACUCGUUGUGCAAGUAAAACCUGAAAGGUGUAACUUGGAGGUAUCUGCUCUUUUAUUUGUCUGAACUUUUCUCGAAGAGACUCUGUUAUCCUCUUCUUGAAAGAGUUGCAAUCAACUGCUAUUUGGGCUUGUGUUGGCACUUGCCCACACAGUCUCACAAAUUUUAUUUAUUUUCCUAUUGGUGGCUUCUAAUAAUUUGCUUCUUCAUAUAUUGCUGCCUCUCAAUUGUUUGCUAAACACCCCCUCAAUAAUAAUUUGCUUUUUCAUAUAUUGCUGUCUCUCAA